UUGUUUUAGAAGUAAAAUGUAUUAUUGGAUAUUUUUCUUUGCAAUAAAUCAUGGAUUUACAGCAGAGAUAAAUUUAAGUAUAAACUUUGAAAAAGUUGCAGCUGAGGUUGAAAAAGAGUUUUUAUCGUUGACUAUCGAUGCAAGUUAUUUUUAUUACAAGGCACUUACUAACGAAUUUAAAUCAAACAUUUUAAUAGCUUUAGGUAAAGGACUUUCUGCAGAGGGAGAUCUUUAUUUGCGAUUUGGAGGUACUAGAGCUGAUUUCACAAAUGUCAGUACUAAUGAUAUUUACUAUAACAAAGAAAAAUUAAAAGACCUGAUAUCGUUUGCAAAGGAGACUGAAUGGAAACUUAUUUUUGGACUUAAUGUACUCAACCGAUAUUCUGAUGGCUCAUGGAAUUUUUAUAACGUAACAGAAGUGUUAAAAUAUAUGGCUGCCAUGAACUAUGAGAUCAAGUUUGAACUCAGCAAUGAGUUUGACAACUUUCCAGUUCUUUUUAAUUAUACACUAAAACCGCCACAACUUGCAAAGGAUUUUAAAACAUUACGUGGAAUCCUUAAUGAUGUUUUUAAACCCAGGUAUGUUCAACUACUAGGUCCAGAUGUAGGAUCUAUAACACGUCUUGGAUUUUUUGAGUCUUUUUUAAAAUCGAUUGAAAAUAACGUUUUAAAUGCAAUAACGUUCCAUCAUUAUUACCCAAGAAGUGAUAAUAUUAGUCCUGUAAACUUUACAAGUGUUGAUUAUCUCGAUACUUUUCUUGAAUAUGGAUUAAAAGCAAUUUCCAUAGUAAAAAAAUCUGUUGGUAGUCGUUUUAAAGCUCCAAAUAUUUGGCUUGGAGAAACAUCAAGUACUACGUUUGGAGGAGUUAAAGGUACAGGAGACAGUUUUGCUGCAGGUUUUCUUUGGCUUGAUAAAUUAGGUCUGGCUGCUCAAAUGGGAAUAAAAGUCGUUUUACGACAAUCAUUCAAAGGUGGAAACUAUUCGCUAAUUAACCAGGAAUUUAAGCCGACACCUGAUUAUUGGAGCUCAUUACUGUAUAAAAGACUUGUCGGCCAAAUAGUCUUAAAUUUAACGGGAUAUUUAGAGUUUGGUCGAAAAGUAAGAGUGUACGCACAUUGUACUAGUGUUAGACAAGGAUUAUAUAAGUCUGGUUCAGUUGUUUUAAUUGCCAUCAACGUUAACAGCAAAGAAAAUGCUACAAUUAAUGUUACAAAUAAAUUAGGUUCCGAUAACCAAUAUGUUAAUCAGUAUUUACUUCAACCAGCCAAUGGAAACAUUGGAGAUGGAAAUAUUACGCUUAACGGUAUCAUUUUACAAAUAGUUAAUAAAACAAAGUUGCCUUUUUUGAAACCAAUUCAAACAAAAUUGCCAUUAAUUAUACCUCCUUUGAGUUAUGGCUUCUUUGUUUUGAUUGAUUCAAACGCAAAAGCGUGUAUAUCUACACAGCUUGAAAAUAAUGUCGCUUGAUAAAUUGGAGCAUAUCUUUUUUUAACAAACUCUAUAGGUGCUUCAUGUUAAUCGUAAUAUAACUAAUGACAAUCGUAAUAUAGCUUAUGAAAAUAUUGAAACAAAAAUGAAAAACUAAGGUUUCUGAUGCUUUUUAUCCGUUACAUCCGAAAGACACAUAUCAGACAAUAUAUCAACAAAAAUAUAAAGUUCUGUUUACCUAAAUAAAUGCAAUAUUUAGGGUCUGGAAAGACUGGUUUUGCUUUAGUAUUUUGGUUCAUUAUUAUUUGAUUGAGUUUUAGAAUGUUUUACAGGUUUUUUUUUUUAUAAUCAUGAUGUGCAAAAAUAUUAGAAAUAUAAUAUUAGAAUAAUUA